AAUGCGCUUAAGUCCCUCGAUCAAAAACACGAGGACUUCUGUAUUUUUUUUCUUCAAAUUUUCAGUUUCCAUAUCUUUUUUAAUAGUUUUUGUAUCCACCUAACAAAAAGUGCGGUUUUUCGUUUUUCCAAAAACCGCAACCAGAAACCUCAUUAAAAGGAAAGUUUGUAGCUGCAGUUUUACGUCUUCUGCAAAAAAAAAAACAGAUUUUAAAUUGAAUUAAGACAUCGCAAUUUUACGCUUUUUGUUAGCAAGCAAAAAAGUAAGUUAAUGCUGAGUCAAGCAUGGGCUUUUUUGUACAAUAUUUUCAAUGGUACGGUGUGAAUAUAUCCGUAUUGGGUUUCUCCUCGAUAAUUUUUGUGUAUUUAUUUUAUUGUUAAAAAUUCUAAUAUUUAAUGAAAAUCUUUUGAAGUUUGUUAAGUAUGAAUGGAAUAAGGAAGUACAAAAAUCAGUUUUUAGCUAUUAUUCCUGCAAGCUUCAUAUCAAUUUGUAGCGGAUUUCAUCUUGCAUAUGGAAUUUUCAAUUCAAAUCUCGGUCAUAAAGAUUGGAUGUAUAAUUUUGGAAAUUUGCCAAUUUCAAUUGUACCAGUUUCAUAUCAUAUCUUAGCAUUUUGCGGUGGAGUUUAUGCGAGUUGUUUUUACAGAAAUGUGUCAAUUUAUAAGCUACAUUGCAUCUCAUCAGCUUUCAUGGCAUUAGGAGGAGUAGUUUUUUGCUUAUUUGAGGACAUUUACUACACAAUUUUAACAUCACGAAUCCUUACCGGAUUUGCAUUUGGAAGUUCUCAUAUCAGCUCUCUUUUUUACAUUGGAGAGAUUUCAUCAAAGGAAAAACGCGCACAGUUGGUGCUUUUUCAGCACUUAUGUCUAACAGUUGGGAUGUUCCUACAUUCUAUUUCAGACGCAUUUGGCAUUUUUUUUGGAAUGGGAAUAUUUUUAGUUAUGCUAUCUUGUACAUCAUAUCCAAUUGGUUAUUACACGAUGAAAGAUUCUCAUGUGUUUUUGAUUCUUAAUAACAAAGAAGACAGUUUGAAAAGGUUAAAGCAUUUCCGUGAUGAAAAAGAUGAAAUUAUAGAUUUAGAACAUGAUGCACUGCAGAGCUACUUGAUUGAGGAAGAAAGUCGGAAAUUCAACUUUUUUAGUCGACACAACAUUUUGACAUUAUUAGUUAUUGUUUUGGUUCAAAAUUCUUACAUUUCUGUCUUUAAUCCACUUCACAAUUAUCUUAGAUUGCUUUUUAUGAAAAGUUUUCUAAUGAAAUGGACCGAAACUGUUGCAUUGUCAGCACGUAUCUUUGGAACUUUAGCAUCAUUUUUAAUUUUAGAUUGUGUACCAAAAAAAUUUCAUUUUACAAUUCUUAGUGGAAUUAUUUCAAUAACUUUAAUCACAUUUGGAUCUUUACUAAUUUUUUUCAGUCAACUUUGGCUUCCUCUGAUAUUUUUAAUCAGUGUUGAAUUUUUCCUAGGACUUGGAAUGGGUGGAAUAAGUGAAAUACUAAAAUCUGAGCUUUUUCCAAUCAAAGAAAGAAGGAUGUCAGUAUCAGUAGCUUAUUUUUUUGAAGAAAGCUUGCAAAUUAUUUCAUUUGUAAUUUUAUACAGUUGGGCAUUUGGUUUAGGAAGUAAUCCAACAUAUUGGCCAUUUAUUUUUGCUGCAAUUUUACUUAUUUGUUCACUUUUAGUAUUUUUUGUUUUAAAAGACUCAAGAAAAGAACAUUUAAUUGAUGCAUCUAUGCUUUAUAGUGACUAAAUUGUGUAGAAUUAUGAUUUUAAUAAAUAAUUUUAAAAUCUCUAUUUGAACUCA